GAAGAUUAAGAUAGUUUAAAAACUUUUAUUUACUGAACGCAAAAUGCACUCAAUCAAACUUUCUAAACGUCAGUUACAAGACCUCGAAACUUUCUUGUGUACUUCUAAAUUCUAGUUUUUCUAGUUUCUUUUAUAUUGAAACCCUACUUAAGUUAUUCUAGUUUAAAGGUACACCAACUGGGCAGUUUUUAUAAUGAACUGUAACGUUGUAUAGUGUUUUAGUUAUCAAGGAAUAAGGGAUUGAAAUGGUUCCUCAACAACAACGAAGAAGACGACGUAGGGCGGCUUUAGUGCGUACUGCUGAGCGUCGUGUUAUCGUAGCUCGUGGUUCUGGGGGGUUUGGCUUUACUAUAGCCGGUCAGAGACCAUGUAUAGUGUCGGCUGUUGCUGCGGGAGGUCCGGCAGAGAGAGCUGGACUCCGGGCUGGUGAUGCGCUGCUUGCAGUGGACGGUACUAGUGUAGCUCGAGCUCCUCAUGCUUCUGUGGCUAGAAUGGUGGCCGCGGCGCCUGGUGCCAUAUCACUCAGCGUUGCAUUAAGAGAAUCUGCACCAACAGACACUGAGGAUACGGAGCCCGAAGAGAGAGCAAGAACUAGGAGGAGAUAUCCGCCGCCUCGGAGAAGGCCUCAGCAAGCUAUGAUGCAUCAUCCAGGUUGUCAUGCAGCACCAAGUACAUCUGGAGUGAAUGAGAUUCUUCAAAAUCUAAGCAGAGCUCAACUCACACCGAAUCAUGUGGCUCGUUUAGAAUGUCGUGCUGUUGUUGGCUACCUAGGCACAAUAGAAACACCGCAAGCAACCGCAGCGGCUGCACCGAGCAAUGUACGUAACGCAGUCAAGAAGCUACGGCAAGAACGUCGGCCUGCAACACCUGUUUUGCUAUCUGUACUCCCAAACACAUUACUUCUACGACGGCCGACAGGUCAAGUACUGGCUCAGUACACCCGGGAACGCAUUGUCUACGCUGGAUGUGGCUCAGAAGCAGACAGACGUUACUUCGGCUUGGUAACUGCUGCGGAAAUUUCUGGUAUAGAAACAGAAGCAUCUCACAGCUGCCAUGUGUUCGCUGUCGAUUCCAGGAUGGCGGAACAUGAAGCGCAUAUCAAUAGAGCGAGGGACUUCCAAAUCGUCUGUACCAGAGAUCCUGUAGCCGAAAGAUGCUUAGAAUUUCCGCCGUCUGCUGAAUAUGUGGUCGGCGUCAUACGAGGCAUGUACUCCUUGCCGCCUGACGAUUGUGGAAGCCCUAACUUACAGCAAAUAUCGAAAUUAGCCGUGAAGGGAGAUAGUCCAGCUCUGGGAAACUUUUCGAGAUGUAACAGACCGGUGUUUAGGGCGCAGCGGGACAGGAGACCGGGCAGACAGGAAGAUCAGAGAAUAGACGUGCCAGAGUUUGUUGCGAACUCCCCCCAACCGAGCAACCACAGCGAAGUGACCACGACUUCUAGUAACAGCGACUCCGGGAUCGGGUUCCAUAAUGACUGUCGAAAUAUUGCCGAUAGAAUACUGGUUGUGGAGUUCGCGGGGCAGCAGCCGCCGCCGAGCAGGUUCCGGCAGGAUAUGCCGCGCCGCCCAAUGGGACUAGUUGGCUGCAGUAGCUUCGACAACGAUGGCUCCUUCCUCUCAAACACGACGCCCGUAGUGGACGGCUUCGGCGGUCAGGGGAGACCAUUGAAUUUGGACGACGUCAUCCUAAACGCGAACGACUUGCCUCGACCCGUGGGCCAGCGCACCGAUGACGACACCUACAACUACAACAAUCUUUACGGGAAUCUCCCGUCGAGUUCUCGAAGCUUCCAUGGGGUGGUGUACGAUCAGGUGUAUACAGAGAACGAGGGUCACUACGAGCUGGUUCCUCAGGAGUUGGACGAUAUCGACCGAGUAGCUGAGACAUUUAACUCGGUGGAGAUAUACGAGGAUAGGACGCGGCAUCCUCCUGAUUACCACUCCAAUGAGUCUGUGGAGAAUGUCACUGUGGUUUCGGGGAGGAGUGCGGCGAGUGCGGACUCCGUGUCGGUGUAUUCUUCGCGCAGUCACGAGGAGGCGCGGCCGCGCCGGCGUCACCUGCAAGCCUCGCUCGACGAUAUGCUGGUCCUAGGCCUGCGCGAUCCACCUCCACCGGACAAGGAUGACGGCAAAUUUCUACAUCCCGGCAACAUUAAAUGCAAGUUCCGAAAGUCGAAGCCUUUGAAUAUUCUGUCCAAGACGAAGAACAUAUUGACUGGCAAGGAAUCUCGUAGCGGAGACAAGGCACGGGAGCGGGAGGGCGAGGCUGAGGGUCGGCGUCGCGCGUUGAGCGCUAGUGCGGGCGAUGUGUCCGCAGAGCAGCCUGAUGCCGCGCCACUUCCCGCCGCAGCCAGCGAGCCCGACCUGCGCGAUCAGAGCGAACAGUCGUCGCCGUUCCGGCGCUGGACUACUGGCAGCGGUGCCGGCAGCUCCUACCGCCACCACGACCACCGCAACAUGUAUAGUAAGCAGCAAAUUAGCGAGGGGUCUGGCGGUGUGGGCGGAGUGGGGGGUGGUGGCGGCGGUGCGGGGGGCGUGGCGCGCUGGUCGCUCGGCCUGGAGCAGCUGCUGGCGGACCCCGCGGGCGCCGCAGCCUUCGCGCACUUCCUCGCCAAGGAGUUCGCCGCCGAGAACAUACGUUUCUGGUGGUCAUGCGAGCAGUACCGUGUGAGUGGUGCGGGUGCACGCGAGCGACUGGCGGCUGAGAUCUGGUCGCGGCACUUGGCUGACGGUGCGCCUGAGCCUGUGAACGUGGACGCGUCUGCGCGCCGCGCCGCUGCUGCGCGUACGCAUCUCCAGCCACCGCCUGAUGACCUCUUCCUACAGGCUCAAAAGCAGAUCUUCAACGUGAUGAAGUUCGACAGCUACCCGCGCUUCUUGAGGUCAGGCGUGCACGCGGAGUGCGCACGCGCGGACCUGCGCGGUCUGCCCCCGCCCUACGCGCCCGCACACAACGCCCCCGCAGCAGAGGACGCCACGCCCACUAAGUUAAAGAAAUCAGCAUCAAACGCGUCAGAACGUCGUCGCAGUGGAGGCGCGUCGUUACUGCCGUGGAAGUUGCGCGGCGCAUCACGCGAGCGUGCUGAGCGUGGGGAACGUGUUGAGCGUGCUGAGCGUGACAAGAGUGACACGCCACGUGACAACAGAAACGAGAGAGUAGAACCACCUACCUUAGCUGAUGUGGUGAAGUGCGGGACGCAGGGCGCGAGCUCGCUGUGCCGCGUGGUGUUGCCGGACGGCGCGACGUCAGUGGUGGGCGUGGCGGAGGGCGUGCCGGUGCGACACGUGAUCGACCGCCUGCUGCAGCGCCGCAACCUGCACGUGCCCACAUACGACGUGCAGCUCAGAGAUGAACAGGGCGUGUGGCGCACGAUAGAGGGCGGCGCGGAGUGCAGCGCGCUGGCGGGGCGCGAGGUGGUGGUGGUGCGGCGCGUGGUGCUGCGGCCGCGCCUGCUGGCGGUGCGGUGCAGGCCGGCGCGUCCGCUGCGUCACGUGCUGCGUCACGUGCUGCGCCGGCACGCCCUCACACACCAACACGUGCUGCGCAACUCCCGCCCCGUCGACCUCGACACACCAGUACAGGAGUUGGAGGGCGCAGUGCUGGAGAUAGGAGAGCCGUGCGAGGAGGUGGUGGGUGGUGGGGAGCGCGAGGAGGACGCAGACUCGCUGUCGGACCUCGCCGUGCGUCUGCAGGAGGACACCGAUCAUAUGAGCGUGUCCAGUCGUAACCGGGAGAGUGGUGGAGCGGGCGCGGUCAUACCGGCAGCAAAUAUACCUAUAGGCAGUAACGGCAACAGCAACGGCAACGGCAGUAGCGGCAACGUGAGCACUGCAGGCAGUAACGGCAGUACGGGGGUUGCGGGGGGUGCAGGGGGUGAGGUGGGGCGGGUGCGCGCCGCCCUCAGGCCCGGCCCACCACUGCACCAUCAUCCACCCGAAUUCCUUGAAAAUCUACGAGAAAAGCAACGACAGCGUCAAAACCCUCGAACUCCGCCCCCACUGCCACCCAAACCCGCCCAGAGAACUGCCCCCACAGUCGUCUGA